AUGUCCGAGGCCAACCAAGAUGUGGCCGCGCGUCGCGGACGUGACGCCCAGCGGCGCAGUCGCAAACGCAAGAUGCUGCAAGAGCGCCGUCAGGCUGGCCAUGACAGCGACGACGAAGACGACGACGACAACGACGACAACGACGACAGUACGAUCGAAUACGAUGGACGAGAGGAUUGCCCGGAGAAGAAGCCGGUCAGGAUCCAAGAAGCCAGCCACUGGGUUGAUUCCGAGGCCGAAACCGCCGCAUCUGAAGUGGGCGACAGCAUUGACUGGGAGGCCCUCGCAGCCGAAAUUUGUAUGGCUCGUAUCAAGAAAAGCGUUACCGAUAGCUCCAUCGUGGCUGCAAUCGGCGAGACCGAUAUCAACCACACCAGCAACCGCAACGGCGCCGCCAACGCAAAGGGCCUCAGCCAGGAUCACGAGACAGGCAAGAACAAGAUCGUGGGCGGCAAAAGCGGCAACGGAAGCAGCGGUAGUGUCUACAUCAACGCAUUCAAGCCCAUAAAUGCCAGGUGGAUGCCCCCCAAAAUCGGCCUACGCCUGUUCCCUACUGCUAUAAAUAGCCUCAUCACCUAUACACUUGACUGA